AGCUUCUGUUAGCGCCUCGCUCCAUUAGAUUCUCUUCAGUUAUUUCCUCGAAAUUUCCUUGAAUGUGGCGCUGAGAUAUCUCUACCAGGGAUCAAACUGUCUCUGAAGUUUCAUUGGGAUUUCAGAAGUUAAAUAUUUCCGAAUACGUGCCUAUUUUAACAUGAUUUUAAGACGUGUUUUCGAAGACGAACUUGCUUGCAGCCCACGUUAAACUCCAUCUCCCUUAAUCCUUGCGGGACAUUUACUGUACCAACCAUCUGCUUUGUGUGUACCGGUGUGUACACCAUCGACAUGUACACACUACCCUACUGCCUUAGCUCGGUAUCAGAUUUGUUAAAUGGGAGGACUCUGAGCGCUAAUGCCUGCUGAUUGGAGGACCUGCUGCAGCUCCAAGUCACAAGUUGAAUGGCAACUCCUCUCCUGACCUGCUGACAGGAGGAUUCUCACUUCCUUUCUUCUACGGGACUAGUAUUCUCAGUAAACACAUCAGAGAUCAUGCGCUCGAGUUAAUCAUAAGCCGCGGACUUACUGUGAUUUAUCUGUAAAGAUGUCUGGGAUCAGGACGCAGGGUUUGACCAUGGCUGCAGCUAGCAGCAUCCUAGUGUUGCUUUUUCCUUGUUUACAUGCGACUUCUCUAAAAUCGCAACUUUUCACCAGACUGGGAGCACUGCGUUAUUCCUCAGAGCCACCCAUCAGCUAUAAGACCUUCUACUUUGAGCAGAAGAUUGACCAUUUUGGAUUCCUCGAGGAUGCCACUUUCAAACAGAGAUACCUGGUGGCCGACGAAUACUGGCAGCAGCCUGGCGGACCCAUUUUGUUCUACACCGGAAACGAGGGUGACAUCGCCUGGUUCUGCAACAACACUGGCUUCAUGUGGGAGGUUGCAGGACAAUUGGGCGCCAUGCUGGUUUUUGCUGAACAUCGUUACUAUGGAGAGUCUUUGCCAUUUGGACAAGACUCUUACAGUGACAGCAAACACUUGAAUUACCUGACCUCAGAGCAGGCUCUUGCAGAUUUCGCAGUACUGAUCCAAAACCUUAAAAACACAAUACCCAAAGCUCAGGACAGUCCAGUCAUCGCCAUCGGAGGUUCCUAUGGAGGGAUGCUUUCUGCCUGGUUUAGAAUGAAAUACCCCAGUGUAGUUAUUGGAGCGUUAGCAGCUUCUGCGCCAAUAUGGCAGUUUCCUGGAAUGGUGCCAUGUGGAGAUUUCUACAAAAUAGUAACUCAAGACUUUGCUAAAAGUGGCUAUAACUGUGAUGCAAGCAUCCGAAGAUCGUGGGAAGCUAUAAAUAACGUCUCCUCUACUGCGUCUGGUCUCCAGUGGCUGUCAGAAGAGUUCAGUUUAUGCAACCCUCUUAAAAACAAGAAUGAUGCUCUCAGCUUCAAGGGCUGGCUCCAGGAGACCUGGGUGAACCUGGCCAUGGUGGACUACCCUUAUGAAGCCAGUUUCCUGCAGCCGCUGCCCCGCUGGCCCAUCCAGGUUGUGUGCAAACAUCUCGCGUUUGACUCCUCUGUGUCCGACCACCAACUGCUGCACGGAGUCUCCCAAGCAGCAAAGGUCUACUAUAACUACACCGGAAGCUCGGCUUGCCUCAACACCUCUCAGACAGCCACCAGCAGCCUUGGUGCUCUCGGCUGGCUCUACCAGGCCUGCACAGAAAUGGUGAUGCCCAUGUGCACGGACGGUGUGCAGGACAUGUUUGAACCUGAGGAUUGGAACUUCCAAACGUACUCUGAUGAGUGCAACGCCAUGUUUGGUGUCAGGCCACGAGCUGACUGGGCUGGUACAGUCUAUGGGGGAAAGACAAUCGCCUCUCAUAGCAACAUCAUCUUCAGUAAUGGAGGACUUGAUCCGUGGUCGUCUGGCGGAGUGACCGGGAACAUCACACAUUCCCUGGUUUCCAUUGUGAUUCCUGAUGGAGCCCAUCACCUGGACCUCCGUUACAGCACUGACCUGGAUCCCCCCUCAGUCCGCGCUGCACGGGCGUUAGAGCUGAAGUAUUUCCAGAAGUGGAUCAAACAAGCUCAAAAGACCAGAAGCAAAGAAAAAUCCCCAUGAACAGGGUUUUCACGGCAUCCUAGGAUUUCCUGACUUUUAUUCUUUUUUGGUGCUUUUUAAAUAAUUAUGUCACAAAACCAAAGUUCAUCCACUUUUUGAAUCAGUUUGUGUCUUUUUCAGGUACAUUUUUCUACACCAAAAUCUCAUUUUUAAAGAACUGGAGAUGCUAUUGAUCAAUUUUUCUUCUAAUCACACGGACAACAAUGCUGUGAAUAAUUAUAUUUUCAUUAGGAAAAAAAUUUGAUACUUUUAAGUUGAUUUUUUAUUAUCAAACUUGCCAAAAUUAAGUAAAGCUUUUCUGAAAUUUGAA